AUGGAGAAGCUCCCUGUUCACAGAUCUGAUGUCCUUGAGGAUGUCAGAUUCAACAAGCCCUUAUCUCGACAGCGCUCUUGUCAAGUUAUUUCCUUCAGACGCCUCCUAAUCCUUAUCUGCUUUUGUCUUGGCUCGUUUUAUGUGCUUCGCAUUCUAAGAAAUCCACCUACAACUUGUGACUCUUGCACUGCACAUCCAUCUCAUCAUGGUAUUUCUAUUGUCUCUGGCUUGAGCUUAGACUCAACCAUUCAGACCUACCCGCAAAAUGACAAAAACCUUGAAGUGCAACAACUUCUAUCCAUUCACCACCCGGGUCCUAGUGCAUCUCCUGCACCCGUUGCACUGUCUAAGAUUCCCCUUGAGGCACACAUUAUGAGCAAAUGCCCAGACGCUCAAGAAUGCCUUCAAGAACUUAUUCUACCAGCCAUGGAGCAAAUUAGUGACAAGGUUGACUUCCGACUUUCUUUCAUCGCAACUGCGUCCAAAGACUCUCCCGAUAUCCAAUGCAAACACGGCCCGGAAGAGUGCAUCGGUGACAUCCUUAUGCUCUGCGCAGCCAACCUGCCCUUCCCCGCAGCAGAGGACGAAUCACUUCUGCCUCAAACAUACCCCCAUACCCCAAUCAUUCGGUCACUGGGAUUUGCAAACUGUCUUAUCAAUGACUAUUCUCGCAUUCCACAACGGGAUUUUGUCCAGCAGUGUGCACUGGAGCAUGGAAUUGAUUUCAAUGCUCUGAACAAGUGUGCUAGUCAGCAGAGUGAUGAUCCCGAUGAUGGGCCAGAUGGGGCCCCUCCACUUAGCGGAAUUGCAUUCUUGCGAGAGGAUGCAAUCCGUGGUCAGGAGCUUGGGGUCAAGGUCAGCUGCACUGUACGACUGGAUGAGAAAGUCUGGUGCGUUCGUGAUGGCGGUGUGUGGAAGGAUUGUGUCCAGAAUGGCGAGGGUGGUAAGCCCCAGGUUUUGAUUAAUGAAGUGAAUCGAAUCUGGAAGGAGAGAAACUGA